GCCAUAAUGUGGAACUACCGCUUAAACCAGCUCCUAUCAAGUUGGUCAAAUUAAGUGUAGCGCUGCUUCCGGGACAGUUUUACUGUGCACUUACGUCAGUUCAGCAGAAGCCCUCACUGAAACAUCAUCAUGGCAUCGGAGUGCGAUGUGCAGUCAGAAAUCGAGGUGCUGCAGUCCAUCUACGUGGAUGAACUGUUGGUCAACAAGAGAGAGGACGGGGGCUGGGAGGUGAGUCUGGUCCUGUACCCAUCCACUGCCGAGGAUUCUGUGUCCCAGUUUGUCCGAAUGACGUUGACUUUAACCCUCGACCAGCAGUAUCCUUCGUCUUCUCCAUCCAUCUCCAUUCAUAACCCACGAGGACUGUCUGACGACAAGCUCAACAGUGUCCACAGGUGUCUUCAGUCGGAGGCUCAGUCCUGUCUGGGUUCACCGGUGUUGUAUCAGCUUAUUGAGAAAGCAAAAGAAAUCCUGACUGAAAGCAACAUACCACAUGGAAACUGUGUCAUCUGUCUUUACGGAUUUAAGGAGGGAGAGACGUUCACCAAGACGAGCUGCUAUCACUACUUCCACUCUCACUGCCUCGGCCGCUACGUCAGCCACUCUGAGAGGGAGCUCCGGCAGAGGGAGAAGGAGCUGGAGGAGGACAAGACCAGAGACCGAUCAGACUGUCAGGAGCUGACUGUGGUGUGUCCCGUGUGUAGAGAAGCUCUGUCCUAUGAUGUCGACCAGCUUCUGUCGUCUCCUGCGCCGCAGCUGCCAGAGAUGGACAAAGCAGCAACUGCUUCAGAUUUUCAGCAGAAAUGGUUCGAACUGCAGAAGCUUUUGGAAAGACAGAGGGCAAAAGGUGGAGUCAUUGACCCGGAGGUGGAAUCAAACCGCUUUCUUAUCCAUAUCAAUGAGGAUCCACCUGUUGCUGAAGAUGGAACCCUGGAUGCAGAGGUCUCUUCUGGCCCCCCAGAACCCUCUGCCUCUUCUACAUCCUGUGGUGAAACUGGUGUCAGGUCAAAUCAUUUUUCUGGACCCCCCGACUGCAGGGGUGGUCAGAGCCAGAGGCGUCGGACCCAGGUGAGGGGGCCCAGGAGAGGAGGAGUAAGAUCCAGACCACAUCAUGGUAGAGCUACCCCCAUCACAGAGCAGUUGGACAGAAUCGCUCUGUCCUCAGAGUGCACUGACAGACCAGUAAAAGCCAAAGCUCAGGUUUGUCCUGAGCAACACAUGGAAUCAAAUGCAGAAUUGUGUCAGUUGAAGACAGGAUGGGAGGGUUACCCAGAGCAACAGCACAAGCAGGUGUCCCCAGACGACCAGCCAGUUCACAAGUCACCUUUGGAAGGGGAGUGCCAGAACGCUGCUGCAGAAACUGCAGAGAACUAUGGCCAUCGUGGAAGAAGAAGGGGCCCUCAGCGAUCUGGGCCACACGGCGGAGGCCCUGGGCCAGGACGGUAUCAUUGGGACUGGCGAGCUUCAAGAAGCCGGGGAGGAGGGUCCCAUCGGGGUCAUGGCAGAGGCCUCCAGCAGAAUGUGGUGGAGAGAGAGAGGGGGAGAGAAGAGGUGCUAUGACAAAGGGCAACAGGAGGGCCAGUGAACAAGUGUAUGUGUGCCUCCAUUCUGAAUUUGCUUAGAUUAAAGCCCUGCACCAGAAAAUCAGACUUUCAUUGUAGUAUCUUAUCCUGUUCAUCACUCGUACCCUGGGUCCUGCACACUAAUAUCAGAAACUCAUGGCUGGUUUUUGUUGUAAUGCAAUAUGACAUGAAGGAGCAGAUUAAAUUUUCUCUGGUUGUCAGCGA